GAAAGCCAUUGCAGGUUACAUCACCUUAUACUCAAGGUAGGUGUAUUUGCCAGUUUCAUAUUGCCGCGUGCUGUCUCAAAAGCGAAUAGGGUUUCAUGUCAAUCAGACCUAGCUGCUAGCUAGCUAGCGGUUCAUCAUAAUAAAUGUAGUGCCUAGUGUAGCUAAUUUGCUGUGGAUACGACAUGACGUCCUAAUACUUGCUCGUCUCUAAUUGUAUUGAACAUGUUUAUCCACUGAACGUUUGAGCUAACAAGCGCUACACUUGUUAGCUAUGUUGCUUCUGCUUUAAUAGCUGGCUAGCUGGCCACCUUGUACUGUGAUAAAAAAUGUUAGGCCACAAUUAUUGACUAAGUGUGUUGUGGCCAGCUCAUCUCUUUAAUACACUGACGCAACAACGUCAAUGAAAAGUGACGUUGAUCAAAAUAAAUGUGUAUUUGUCACGUACAUUCUUUCAGGAUGACAUUCGGCAGAAAGUCCACCUGAACACUUUUGGCUUCUACAAACAUGGUUACAUGAUAGUGAAUAUGUCCAGUCUUACCCUUACUGGGGAGAAUCUGGACAAGAUUGACAGCUCCACGGUAAGAUCCAUUUCAAUGUCAGUUCAAUAACUUUCCUAGGUAUUGUGAUUGCAUGAGAAGUCCCAUUUAAGAAAUCUCAACAUUGGGAAAUGAUGUAGCCAGGUACAUUUAGUCUUCUUAUUUACUAAAUGCAUGGGUCUGACCAACGUCGAUUUUGUAAUCAUUGCCUGUUUCUUAUUCAGGUUGGAUUCAGUCUGGAUAGGACGAGCAGCAAUGGCUUCUCCACGUAUUUAGUGAGUAUUCAAUCUAGUCUAAGAUGAGCUGUUUUGUUAUUACUGAAGCUUUUCAACACGAACUAGGCCUACACACAGGAGCUACUCCUACUAACAGUAUGAGAUCAGUAACGUUUGGUGUGCAUGUGCACAGGAUGAUCAAGAUCUGGACUACUGUGUCCUUAAGAAGUCUCCCAGCAGUGAUGUCGCUGUGGCACUGCUGUUAUUUGACUUCAAGAAAAAUGAGUGAGUUUCUGUCUGACCGCUGGCAACCCCAUGUGCCCUCUACAAAGAGUUACCAUUGUUUACAAAUAAAGGUUUUUUAUUUAACCUUUAUUUAACCAGGCUAGUCAAUUAAGAACAAAUCAUUUUUUACAAUGACGGCCUGGUAAGAGUUAUGGGCUCACUGUGGGUGGAAUCAUAUUGAGGAGUGUGGCUUUAAACAGCCAAACAUUAUUUUUGAAGUUAUUGCCAGCUGCAUUUUAUACCAUAACUUUGGCUAAACAUGUAUUGUGUGUGUGUGACUCAGGGUGAAGAUGAAAAUGUCAUCUGAGGAGAAUGUGUUCCCUGACAUCCUCCCUGGCCUCCGAGAGACGAUAGGCGUUGAGACUGGAGCUGACCAACAGAAACCUGUAAAGGUGAAAGAGGACGCCAACCCUGUGGGAGACCAUGGUGACGGUAUGGUUUCCUCAUUAAAGUUCAUACAUUUAUUUAGGGCUGAAUAAAUACUGACUUGAGAUGAGGACAUGUUGUAAACUUGCAUUGAUGGUAGAUUUACGCCAAAGUUCGAGAUAGCUGAGGAAUUCUGCAUUUGAGCAGUGUAAGUAAUGACCAAUGGUUGAAUAUAUUGUUUGUUUAUCUGCUGUACUAAACUUGUUCUCAAUGUUGUCCUUUGAAUCCUAGGUGAGAGUAAAUCCAAGCGGGAUGUUGCAGAGGUAAGAAUAUUCCUCAACAUAUACUGAACUAAAAUAUAAAAGCGACGUGCAACGAUUUCAAAGAUUUUACUGAGUUACAGUUCAUAUGAGGAAAUCAGUCAAUUGAAAUAAAUUCAUUAGGCCAUAAUCUAUGGAUUUCACGUGACUGGGAAUACAGAUAUGCAUCUGUUGGUCACAGAUACCUUUUAAAAAAUGGGCCUCACAAUGGCCCUCAGGAUUUAGUCACACUAUUUUUGUGCAUUCAAAUUACCAUGAUAAAAAUCAAUUGUGUUCGUUGUCUGUAGCUUAUGCCUGCCCAUACCAUAACCCCACCGCCACCAUUGGGCACUCUGUUCACAACGCCAUACACAUGGUCUGCGGAUGUGAGGCCGGUUGGACGUACUGCCAAAUUCUCUAAAACAACAUUGGCUUAUCUUAGAGAAAUUAACAUUACAUUAUUUGGCAACAGCUCUGGUGGACAUUCCUGCAGUCAGCAUGCCAAUUGCAUGCUACCUUAAAACCUGAGACAUCUGUGGCAUUGUGUUGUGUGACAAAACUGCACAUUUUAGUGGCCUUUUAUUGUCCCCAGCACAAGAUGCACCUGUGUAAUGAUCAUGCUGUUUAAUCAGCUUCUUGAUAUGCCACACCUGUCAGGUGGAUGGAUUAUCUUGGCAAAGGAGAAAUGCUCACUAACAGGGAUGAAACAAAUUUGUGCAUAAUUUGAGAGAAAUAAGCUUUUUGUGCGUAUGGAACAUUUCUGGGAUAAUCUAUUUCAUCUCAUGAAACAUGGGACCAACACUUUCCAUGUUGCAUUUAUAUUUUUGUUCAGUAUAGAUACUAUGUAACCCUUUGACCUCAAACAAUGUACGAACAUAAGUAUCUGGAUCUCAAUCUUGCUCCCUCGUCCAUUUACCCAUGCCGACGGCAAAAUGGUACAUAUUUUUCAUUGGAGCCCUGGUGUCUGGCGGUUUUGUAAGCAUAUUACAAAGAUCUUCUUAGGGUCACACUCCAUUAAAAUACGUGACUAUGUUUCCUGGGUCAUCCUUAUACAACAUUUAUUUUGCACAUUUAAAUAUAACUAUUAAUCAACAAAACAACGUUUUGUGAAAGCUUUUUGUGAAACAAGUUUAUUUGCACAGUAAUUCCAACAUGCUUUAUCUCUGGUUUGGACUGUCACUGUUUUUCCUCUGAAAACUGAUUUAAGUGGUUUUGAUUGAUUUAGUGGGUUUGAUUCACCAAGGGACCUGUUCUCUCUUAUCUAUGUCGGUCUGUCACCAAAUGGAAAUUAUACAGGAAAACCAGUGGCUCCCAAGGGCUGCAUUCCAGAUAAAGGGUUUUACCCAGUUACUAAUUUAGCCAAGGGUUUGUGAAUGAGGACUUUUUAAGGAUUGUGAUCCAGCCAUCAUUUCAUCAAAGCACGUCUUCUGAUGUCACUCUCUUUUCUUGACAUUCACAGAAAAAGGCUGAAGUGCCUUUUCCACUCCAUAGAAACAAAGAAGUAUUUUCCUUUCAGGUAAGAGUCGUUCACCAGGCUAAUAUAAUUUAUUUAGCCUGAGUUGGGCUACACAGGUCACAGAUGGUUUUUCUACUCCCUGUGUGCAGUUUCACUUCAACGUCAGCACAGACGAGCAGCAAGGCCUGUACAACUUCUACUUCCACAACUGCUACAGCAAAGACACUCAAAUGGUUAACCCCCUCCGCUUCAGCAUGGAAGUGAGUUUCUUAGACCCUCUUCGUAGUUUUCUUUAUUGCAAGUUGAAGUUUGUAUCUGGUUUAUCGGGUGUGAUAUUUCCUGAUUAGUCAGAAGGACAUCAUCCUCUAUUCGUACAUCAUUGAAAUGGACCUAGCCCCAUACCAAUAUCCACUUUUUCCUCAUUUUCUAUGUUGUCUAAAUCACAUCAGGAACAUUAUUUUAUAAUAAAAUGAAACAUUAUUUUAGCCACACUUGGUCAUCAUUGUGUCUGAAUGGUCAAAUUUUGUAUAACCAACAUUUGGGAUGCUUUCAGAUCAGCAUCGAGGAGAAGAACCCCAACAGCUUCCUGUCUGCUGGAGAGAUCCCCCUGCCAAAGCUCUACAUCAUCAUGUCUAUGUUCUUCUUUUUCCUCGGAACACUGUGGUUGCACGUUCUCCGCACUCAGCGGUGAGUUGCCCAGGAGGGGGGGGGGGUAUUGCGGCACAGGAGAUGUCCGCACUGUGUUGAUAAUUGCUGUGCCUUUCUUAAGACUUGAAGAAGACUGCGUGACUAUUCUGUUUGUCCUGAUUCAGAGGGGUUGGGUUAAAUGCGGAAGACACAUUUCGGUUGAAUGCAUUGUCGUACAACUGACUAGGUAUCCACCUUUCCCUUAUCUUCACUAGUCUGAUCAGUCAGCAUGCCACGCAGUGUGCCUCAUGUAAUGACCCUUUACCUCAGAGUGCUCUAUGACUGCUCUAUGAGCUCCUGAGAAAAUGCUAUUGAAAUGUACUAACUGUAAGUCGCUCUGGAUAAGAGUGUCUGCUAAAUGACUCAAAUGUAAAUGAUUAGCAGAGGUCUUGCCUCAGUCACGCCUGCAUUGUUUUACAGUGACCAGUAGAGGGCACCAUAUAGCCAAACAUUUACCUCCAUACCAACGCAAUAUCAUGGGAUUACCCUACUCCUCCAAAUGAUUUACAUUUACAUCAUUUAGCAGACGCUCUUAUCCAAAGCGACUUACAAGGAUAACUAUUUCCCUAGUUGAGUUGAGAUUCAUUAUUAAUGUAUUGGCAUCAGCAUAAACCUACCCAAUGUUGUUACCCCCCCCACCCCUCUUGUUCUCUCUCUGGCAGUGCUGAUGUCUAUAAAAUCCACUGGCUCAUGACAGCUCUCCCCUUCACCAAGUCUCUCUCACUCAUCUUCCACGCGGUGAGCACACGGACUACAAUCCAAGCCUUGCUGUAUUUAACUGCUAAAAAAAGUGGUGCUUCCGAGUUUUGAGGUUAAAAAUUGAAUCAAAUUGAAUAUAGUUUAGUUUGUCCCCUUUUUUAUAUCAGCUUGAGUCAUUGACUGUGACGUCUGUCUUCCAGAUUGACUACUACUACAUCUCUAACCAGGGCUUCCCCAUAGAAGGAUGGGCUGUGGUCUACUAUAUCACUCACCUGUAAGUCUCACCAGUAAAAUGGCCUCCUCACUGUCUCCCCUUCUUCACCUGCACUGAAACGUAUCAGUGUCGUUAUGUCAGUUUGUAUGAGCGAGCAAUGCUUGUGUUUCUUUCUGCAGACUGAAGGGGGCACUCUUAUUCAUCACCAUUGCCCUGAUAGGGACCGGCUGGGCUUUUGUCAAGCACAUCCUCUCGGAUAAGGACAAGAAGAUCUUCAUGAUCGUCAUUCCACUACAGGUACAAUACCAUGCAUGUAGAACCAUCUAACUGUUGAAGCAAGAUUACCAUUGUAGUUGAUAACGUCUACAAUGACAAGAUGGGCUGAUCCUAGAUUUGUACCUAAAGGCAAGACUACCACGAUGAUGGGUAAUAUGUAUAUAGUGACAAGGGAUAGGCUGAUCUUAGAAAUCUUUCGCCAAAAGCAACCUAGUGCGGACUGCAGUGGCACUGAUGGGAGCACAUUACCUUUGACCCCUCCAGGUGCUGGCAAACGUGGCGUACAUAAUCUUAGAGUCGACAGAGGAGGGCACCACGGAGUACGGCCUGUGGAAAGAGGUGCUCUUCCUAGUGGACCUGCUGUGCUGCGGUGCCAUCCUCUUCCCCGUGGUCUGGUGAGUUCUGACUGAGGUUUCUAUGGGCAGUGUUUCCCCUAGGAUUUGGUUUUCAAGGUGCCCCGCCCCAAAGUACCCAGAGACCAGCUGAAAGACAGAUUAUUUUAGAUAAUGGCCACUCUUCUCCAGUUUUCCACUUGGUCUGACGUUUUCCUUUUCUCACUUGUCCACAGGUCCAUCAGACAUUUACAAGAGGCGUCAUCAACAGAUGGGAAAGGUAUGCUGCUUGUUCACUUAAAAAAACAUAAAUGUUUGUGUGCCAGUGCUUCUCUGCAGUUGGUCACCUUACCGUGACAGCAUAUUCAAUAACAAGUGCAAGCAGGGAGUUAAAACUUUUAAUCUAAUGGGACCUUUCCACUUAAAAUCAACUCCAUAUCAUCAUGUCCAUGGUCCUACUCCCAACCACAAAGUUUAAAACUGUAGUCUGGAAUAGUUUUUCACCCCAGCUAUUUUAGUCAGAACCCAAGCAACCUCUCAUAAAAGUUUAAACAAUUCCAAAGUCUUUUGGGAAAAAUAAUAAAGUUGUUUGUGGAGUGAAAUGGUGAAUAUUUUAAGGGCAAAUCCUAAUCUAGGUCAUGGGCAGUGUUAUUUUUGACUUUCUCCUAAAAGCUUAGUUUUAUAGUGAGCGUUUUCUUCUGUCAUAGCUGGAUGCUCUCCAACUGACUAACUUAUUCAUUGCCCUCCCUUCACUGUUUGUGCUUCACCCUGCAUUCCACAUCAUAGUUGGUCAUAGUUCAGCUUUCUUUAAACCAUUGACUCAUCCCUCCCACACAUUCAGACAUUGAGGAGAGCUGGGACCCAAGGUGUUGGGUAAUGUGGUCUAAGGCACUGCAUCGCAAGUGCUAGCUGUGCCACUAGAGAUCCUGGUUCGUAUCCAGGCUCUGUCGUAGCCGGCAGCGACCGGGAGACCCAUGGGGCGGCGCACAAUUGGCCCAGCGUCGUCCAGGGUAGGGGAGGGAAUGGACUGGCAGGGAUGUAGCUCAGUUGGUAGAGCAUGGCGUUUGCAACGCCAGGGUUGUGGGUUCGAUUCCCACGGGGGGCCAAUAAAAAAAAAUAUUUAAAAAAAUAAUGUAUGCACUCACUAACUGUAAGUCGCUCUGGAUAAGAGCGUCUGCUAAAUGACUAUAAUGUAAUGUAAAUGUUGUCAUGGGGGGGGGGGGGGGGGGGGGGGUGUUCAUUUUGAGGUUUAUAAGGGCUUUGAUCGGUUAAAGCUCUGAUUGGCUUAUGAUGGUCAGGGGCUGUGGUGAGGAAUGAGAGAGCCUUUAAAGAGCAGCGUUGCAUUCAAAACUAUUUUUCCAUGCCAGGGUUUACAUCCUGAUAGUUGCACAGUUCCACACUCUUUCGGCGGUAAGCCAAUGUCUCGGUAGCUCAUGUGGCUCAGUUGGUCGAGCAUGGCGCUUGCAAUGCCAGGGUUGUGGGUUCGAUUCCCACGGGGGACCAGUACAAACAUAUGCCACUGCCAAGUCAUAUUGCCAAGGAACUUGCUAUAGCUCAUACAAAUGAGAAUACAAUAACCAAGGCUCCAGGGAUAUUUAUUUCAUUCGAAAGAAUGUGUCAGAUGGAUGAACAAAAAACAUAAACGCAACAUGCAACAAUUUUACUGAGUUACAGUUCAUAUAAGGAAAUCAGUCAAUUGAAAUCAUUUCAUUAGGCCCUAAUCUAUGGAUUUCACAUGACUGGGGAGCCAGGCCCAGCCAAUCAGAAUGAGUUUUUCCCCACAAAAGGGCUUUAUUACAGACAUAAAUACUCCUCAGUUUCAUCAGCUGUGUGGGUGGCUGGUCUCAGAUGAUCCUGCAGGUGAAGAAGCCGCAUGUGGAGGUCCUGGGCUGGCGUGGUUACACAUGGUAUGCGUUUGUGAGGCCGGUUGGACGUACUGCCAAAUUCUGUAAAACGAUGUUAGAGGCGGCUUAUGGUAGCGGAAUGAACAUUCAAUUCGCUGUCAACAGCUCUGGUGGACAUUCCUGCAGUCAGCAUGCCAAUUGCACGCUCCCACAAAACUUGAGACAUCUGUGUGACAAAACUGCAAAUUUUUAUUGUCCCCAGCACAAGGUGCACCUGUGUAAUGAACAUGCUGUUUAAUCAGCUUCUAGAUAUGCCACACCUGUCCGGUGGAUGGAUUAUCUUGGCAAAGGAGAAAUGCUCACUAACCGGGAUGUAAACAAAUUUGUGCACAGAAUUUGAGCGAAAUAAGCUUUUUGUGCAUAUGGAACAUUUAUGGGAUAAUUUAUUUCAGCUCAUGAAACAUGGGACCAACACUUUACAUUUUUUGCGUUUUUAUAUAUUUGUUCAGUAUAAUUAUCAGGUAGAACAGAAAACCAUCAGGCUCAGGAACUUGUAGGUAACGGUAGAAUACCACUGCUCUGUUCUCCUCCCCUUCUUGUCCCAUGCAGCAGUUUUUCUAUUGACGUUUUCAGCUACCUCAUUAAUUCCCAUUCUACUAAUGCUCUCGCGAUUUGAUUAGACCAGGUGAGGAAAGGGAAAAGCACAGCUACCAGAUCUGUUUCAUUACCGAAAUGUCAGGCCUUUUCACAUGCAGUCAGGUUGGGCUCAUCUCAUCAGGGCACUGUAACAGACAUCUUUUUUAUGGCACUUGUCAAUGAGCUGGUUCAUGAGUGGGAGCUCAGAGAAGGUUCUGUUUGUGUGUGAAUAGGGUCAAAUGUCUAAUUUUGGACACACUCCAUUCCCCUGUUUUUGAAUUGAACAGUAGGCAGGAUGAUAUAGGACAAUCCCCAAGAUAUUUGUUUGUACCAUUUUGACUCUAAAGACAGAGUUCACCGGUUUAAAGGUGCAAUCUUACCAUGUAUUCUUGGUGUUAGUGUUAUAAUUCCUAGUUGUUAAACAGAUCAAAUAGAAAUUGAUUGCUGUCUAUCCAAAACUACAUUGAAUACAAUUCGAUGCGAGAAAACGUCAAUUUUCAGACAACAUUCAUGAAGAUUUAGGAAUCGUGCCUUCAAGUGCUUUUUUUCUCUUUGAGUGACCUCCUAUUAAACUGUAAUUGAUUGACCAGUUUCAAUUCUACGUGGAUGCUCCGUUAAGUCAAUGAACAGCCCAUAGAGAUAAUGGAGUAACCAUUCCAAAUGAAUGAUCCACUAUUUGGGCUCCCGAGUGGCGCAGCGGUCUAAGGCACUGCAUCUCAGUGCUUGAGGCGUCACUACAGACCCCCUGGUUCGAUUCCAGGCUGUAUCACAACCGGCCGUAAUUGGGAGUCCCAUAGGGCGGCGCACAAUUUGGAUCCAUGCCGCUAAUUGAGUUUCGUUUCGUCCUCAGUGCACCUGUAUCAACUCCCUUAGCUCUUCACUUCUUAGUGUCAAAAUUGUGUGCACGCGCGCACGUUUGUGUACAGUAUGUGUGGUACAUAUCAUUUAUUCAUCAGAGCAGAAGUUAUCACUCAGAGCCACAUGGAUGUCUGUAUGUCAACCUCGCCUGCUAGAAAGCGUCUUUUUUAUAAAUCAUUUAGGGUUGAAUAACCUAGUGUAGCUUCAGAAGUCUGUCUUUAUGGGUAGGUAACCGCUGUAGGCUGAGUAGAUUACGGCACAUAGUGUUAAAAUUCCUCGAUUCUACAGUAGGUUGUUACAGCACUUCCAGAAUUGCUCACCUGGUUUCAAAGUGGCUUUUUUUGUCCUAACUAGGUCACAGUAAGAUCCACACUUGAUACUUACUGUCCCCUUUUUGAAGGCCCACUUCUGUGGAAGAAGUUGUACGGUGUGAGAAUGAUAAAUUACUGUACAAGUCGCCCUCCAUUUCUUUCCCCUCGGGUCACAUUUCUGUUGGAAGGGGUUCAGAUUGCAUCAAGGCACUUUGCAGCAUUAUUACAUCCAACACUCAGUCUUCUCUGAUGGGCCUUUUUAGCCUUCUACAGAUUUUUAUCGGGCCAAACGUCUUGGAUCACAUGCAUUCGAAUUGUCAGCAAAACUCCUCAAAUUAGAACUACCCCUAACCUUUACCCGUCUGAUUCAUUCAAUGUUCUGUUUUAGAGGUGUUUUAAUAAAAAAAAGUUCCAUAUACUCUACUUCUAGAAAACCCCUUUCUUCAUCCCCUGACUGCUCUAAAAGGUGACUCAAAUGAGCCAUGUUUAUUUUUGGAGGGAAAUGACAGAUGUUGUUGAAAAGCUCUCCCGGGAUUUGGUCUUUGCUAUCUUACUAAUGAAUGUGCUUUUUUUUGCUCAUGUCUUUUUGCAGCUGCCAUCAACCUUGCCCAGUUGAAGCUCUUCAGGCACUACUAUGUGAUGGUAAGGUUCCUCUUUCAUGCUCUUCUGACACACUCUGUCUCCUCACACACCACUCCAGCAAUACACACUGCAGGCCACACAGCCACACGCACGCCUUUAAAUGGAAACACACCAAGCAUUGUGUCUACGUCUGUCUGUACGGGACUCCCUAAAAACACUCCACUUUCACAGCUCUCUAUUUGUAUUCAUUUAAUCAUGAAUAGUCACGUGUGAAAUCCCGCCAUAAAGUUAUUACAACAGUUGCGGUGUCUUUCUCUGUUGAAGGUCUGUUUUUUUUAUUUGUCUGUCUUGUUGGUGUUUUAAUUUUCCUCUCUUAUUGUAAUGUCCACUCUGCAGACCAAAUGGGUUCUCGCUUUCUCCUCCAUCUUGAUCGGUUGUAUUGAUGUUCAGAUUGUCAGCCAAUGUCAAUCUUCCUGAUUAUGUAAACGCAUUUUGCUUUCUAUGCUUCCCUAUUUGCCUGUCUCCCUCUCGCUCUCUAAAAAGAGGGAUGAUCCAGUUACGUGUUUAUAUCUAUGUUCAGCAAAUUGUUGUUUAUCGGUUAUCUAAUGUCUGUAUUUCUCUCUCUCCUUCAGAUUGUAUGCUAUAUUUAUUUCACCCGUAUAAUCGCCAUUCUCAUCAAGUUCAUUGUUCCCUUUCAGUGGAAGUGGCUGUACCAGGUGGGUGUUCACCUAUGUUUUUUUUAACGGUAAAAUAAUACUAUAUAUAGAUACAGUAGUCCAAGUUAAAUACUUUAACAGUAUGUUAAUCCUUAGUAAAACCAGUUUGAUUGAAAAAUCAUUUUUUAUCCAUUUAUUUUAUUUACAUUUAGCUGUUACAAUGUACUGACACACUUUUUAUUUCUACCCAUGUCUCUUUCUCGCUCUCUCUCCUCCUUGUCUUCAGCUAUUGGAUGAGCUGGCCACGCUGGCGUUCUUCUUCCUGACGGGCCAUAAGUUCCGCCCGGCCUCCUACAACCCCUACCUGCUGCUCUCUGUGGAGGAUGACGUGGAGAUGGAGGAAGUGUGAGUCUGACCAGCAGCAAAUCAUUAUCAAGCACACAUCAGCAUAAUCUUGGCACGUAAAGUCAGAAGUAAUAGUCAGAGCUCAGACAAUGUGACCGACCGCCUCAAUUUGGUCUAACGCUAGCUAGCUAACAGUACGCUUUAAUUUGCAAUGAAAACGACUUUCUGACAAAAUUAGAAACGUAUAAUAUCUUACCCGUAUACAUGGAUGAACGCUUCUCCCUCUGUCACGGAUGCCAUGGUUGCCCUUAGUUUGAAGAUGUAAUCUAGACAGGUGGUUUAUACAACAGCCUUUUGUGUUCUCUUUUCGACUCCCUCUGCAUAUCUGCAAUCAAAUGCCUGAAUUUUCUCCAUCUCCUUAGCUAUCAUACUCUGCUUCCACCGGGCAUUCCGAUGAUUUCAAAACUCGGUCCUCCAGAAAGUGGAGAGCCUUAGCAACACUUGUGCAGUUUUUCGUGAUAUCUUUCAAAAAAGCUGCUUUAGAAAGGAUUACCUACACAUACUAAGCAGCUCAUGUUAUAGACAGAAGCGAGCUACAUGGCAGACCAAUCCGAACUCAUCUCUCGGCAUGUCCAGCCCAUCCAUUAUCUGAGCCAAUCAUGGCUAGCGGGAAGGUCCUGUCUUUUUCCGUGGCAUACAAGUUUGUUUUAAAGGCACAUGAAAGUUCACAUGUUCCAGAGGGCAUUUCUGCCAAAAAACGCAUUUUGUUAAAAUAAAACAAAUUGCGUUCAAAUGCCUCUCCUGUGAAGUAGUGACUCGCGACAUAUGCCUAGUUUCCUGAAACGAGUCACAAAUGGCUGGCUUUUGUCUCGAAUUCGUCGCUAAAUUGUACCGUUUUUCACACUGCUGAGCCGAAUUGACUGUCAAGCUGUACAGGUCUGGCCUGGUUAUGCAUCUACCAUAGGGGUUGUAAUCGUGCUGGAAAGGAUAAUGUAAACGAAAAAACAUCAGAGCCAGUACGGUUUGGGUUGGCAUGAUGGUGUCAAAACAGAACCCUCACUUACUGUAAACCAGGCACCUCUCUUUGUUCUACUUCCUCUAUCCUUACUCGCCAUUGUGGCCCACAUGAAAAGCGGUGUCGGUUUUAUCGCCUCCACCUGUUGAGCUUAAGUGUCAACCCUCCCAAUAUGGUCUGGUCUGAGAGCUGUGUGGCUUCUCCCUGCCAGCCUAGGUGCCACCUGCAACGCUGAGAGUUCUACCAAGGCCACUGUGGCACCCGAUGGGAGAGCAACCCAAUUAAAGUGGAACUGACAGCAUUUUAGCAACAUGAAAUCUUAUUAAAAUCUGUUCAUAUAGACCCCCAGGAAGAAUUACAUUUUAUUUUAUUUUUUACAUUUUCUGACAAGCGAGAACAUAGAUAUGGUCAUUUUUCACGUUUUCAUCAAUUCAUAGAAUGUUUGGGAAUUACAUAUAGUAAUCAUUUGUGAAAAUUCUAUAGCAAUAUAGAGGGAAAGCGGUUGUGCGUUUGGACAAUUAAUAGACACUGCAGUAAAUAAAACAGAAUAAAAACUUCUGUCGUGUCCAGGAACGGAGUCUACACAGACCGGUGUGCCGUAGCCAAUCAAAGCUACAGUAGGCCUAUAUGCAAUUAAGCCAUUUGCCACACAGGCCUGCCAUCAUUCACUUUGAACUGGACUGUGUGCUUACAGGCAGUAGCAACAGCACGACUUUAGAUCAUCAGAAUGCAUUCGCCACAAAAUACACCGGAAUGGAUUUCUGCAAAUAUGUAAAUACCUAGGGAGUCUUACAUUUGGGAACUUCACAGUCCUAUUGAUCAAACAACCAUGAAAAGGUAGGCUAGUUGCCUAUUCACAACAAGAUCAACAACUAAUGCUAGUCAGAGUGAGAUGAGCUAAAAUCUAAUGAGAGAACAUUAGAAAAGCCUUUUCAGCUAGUUGGCGGUCAAAAUGGCACUGAUAAACGAUGGGGAAUAGUAGUCUGCUCGUCCUUCUGCAGCUUGCCUGCCAAUGCGUGCUUGUCCCAACCCAUGUUUUGACAACUGAAUGGGAACUUCCCUGCCCGCCCAUUUAAUCGAUGCCAAAUACAUUUGAUUGACAACUAAGAGAUAUGCUAACUGUGGAUAAGUCGUUCAAGUUCAGCAUAGCAAGCUAGCUAGCAAAGCGAUUAACAUUUAUUGCUAGCUAACCAAAUGACACCUGCAGCUUCUCUAGCUGUAGCCAAUGAAAAACGAUAUGAGAGGGAAAAGUUGGUCACUCACCCUCCUCCAAUGACAUGACAUCUUCCCAGCAGCUAGCUAGCUAACGUUAGGCUCUGUGUUUUUAGCUUGCGAAAUAAAUAGCUAGCUACAUAAAUAGAUAAGCUAGCCCAGGGGUGUCAAACUCAAUCAGCGCACAGACCAUAUUUUAAAAAAACACAACGAAUUUGCGGACCAGACAUAGCCUAUUUGUUUUUACAACAAAACGUGCAACUGCGAUCCAAACUGGUCAUAGUUUUAUUUGUAAAAAUAUGGCCCUUUAUAAUGUCUACUUAUGAACAUAUUAAAACAAAAGAGAAAUAAUAUUUGUCCAGUCUUUGCUGAUAUGCUUGCAAAUGUGCAUAAUAUGCUGUGACCAUAAUCAAAAAGUAUUUAAUAACUCCCAAGUAACACAAAGGUAACUAUCAUUUAAACUUAAAACAUGUUUUUAAUUUUUUUGCACUGCGUGGAUCAUCAGUGUAGUUGAAUUCAGCAUUGCUCUAUGGUACACUCAAAAUGUAGCUAUUGUAGUUGAAAUUGUCAAGCUUUAAAAACCAAAGCCAGUCUGCAACAUGUUAGUAGCCUAGCUAGGGCUGUGGUAUGUGUCUGUACACUUUCCCUCUGCUGCGCGCCGGAAACGGGACACACGAAAUCAGCGCAAUUGAAGUUGAAUUCACCGACAAGAGCACAUCAGGCUGUCAUUUCAUAAAGUAGAUGACUCAACUGUUGACUCAUUUAUACUCGCUUGUGUUUGACACGUGCACUAGCCUAUUAGCCAUGUUAUGACUGACUUGUGAUCAUUGCCCCUGCUAGUUUGCGUGUAUUGACAUUCCCAGCCUUAGUUAGUCAUCCGAUUUUGUUCAGAAUAUUGAGUCAUUGAAACUGAAACGGUGCAUCCCAAAUGGGUUGUGGCAGCAAACAAUGUACAAGGCCAGCUGUGGUUUACAACCUGAUAGCAAUAUUUUUGGGACUACCAAGAAAUGUAUUGGUGAAUUAUAUUAAUCAUGCAUUGAACUGCAUCCAUCUAUUCUGCCAACAGUGCCUUAAUGUAUGUCAAAACCUCUUAUGAAGUUGGUUUUGAAGCAUAAACUGGGUAUUUUAUAUUUUUUACUUAUAUUAUGAUUGUCUGUUUGUUUCAUAUCUGCAAAGUAGUUAAAACGCUGUCAGUUCAUGGCUAUUUGGGUCACCACCUGCUCCAGCCUACAUGCAGGAAACCAGCAGACCUGCUUCCAUUCACCUUGUCUACCGUUUUCUUAUUUUAGACAGGUUUUUUUUACCUCAAUCUGUUUUUAGUGUCAGUAUGUCGACGUCCCUGAGAUACUUAACCAAUGUCCUCUCGCCCUCCUCCCAAGCUGUCUUCCUCCCCUCCAACUCUCUCAUCCCUCCAUCCAGGUCACAAUGCCGCACUCGUCCUCUUCUCUCCUUCCUCCCCUCCAACUCUCUCAUCCCUCCAUCCAGGUCACAAUGCCGCACUCGUCCUCUUCUCUCCUUCCUCCCCUCCAACUCUCUCAUCCCUCCAUCCAGGUCACAAUGCCGCACUCGUCCUCUUCUCUCCUUCCUCCCCUCCAGCUCUCAUCCCUCCAUCCAGGUCACAAUGCCGCACUCGUCCUCUUCUCUCCUUCCUCCCCUCCAACUCUCUCAUCCCUCCAUCCAGGUCACAAUGCCGCACUCGUCCUCUUCUCUCCUUCCUCCCCUCCAACUCUCUCAUCCCUCCAUCCAGGUCACAAUGCCGCACUCGUCCUCUUCUCUCCUUCCUCCCCUCCAACUCUCUCAUCCCUCCAUCCAGGUCACAAUGCCGCACUCGUCCUCUUCUCUCCUUCCUCCCCUCCAACUCUCUCAUCCCUCCAUCCAGGUCACAAUGCCGCACUCGUCCUCUUCUCUCCUUCCUCCCCUCCAGCUCUCAUCCCUCCAUCCAGGUCACAAUGCCGCACUCGUCCUCUUCUCUCCUUCCACCUCUCUCCAGGCUCUUCAACCUUAUUCUCUUUUUUUUUUGGUUCUUUAUUUCCCAAGUAUAGCUGGUGGCACCAUGUGUCCUUGUUCCCUGUUCUCUCUCUACCUCACUCUGUGUAGACUGUUGUAUCUCACCCAAAGGGGCCAAAUAGGAUUUUGGAAAAACUUCCCAGAACCAACUGUGUUUAUUAAUUAUAUACACUGAAAUAAAAUAAACGCAACAUGCAGCAAUUUCAAUGGUUUUACUGAGUUACAGUUCAUAUAAGGAAAUCAGUCAAUUGAAAUAAAUAAAUUAGGCCCUAAUCUAUGGAUUUCACUUGCAAUACAGAUAUGCGUCUGUUGGUCACAGAUACCUUAAAUUAAAAAAGUAGGGGCAAGGAUAAAAAAAACAGUCAGUAUCUGGUGUGACCACCAUUUGCCUCAUGCUGCGUGACACAUUUCCUUCGCGUAGAGUUGAUCAGGCUGUUUAUAGUGGCUUGUGGAAUGUUGUCCCACUCCUCUUCAAUGGCUGUGCGAAGUUGCUGGAUAUUGGCGGGAACUGGAACACGCUGUCGAUCCAGAGCAUCCCAAACAUGCUCAAUGGGUGUUGACAUGACUGGUGAGUAUGCAACUGGGACAUUUUCAGCUUCCAGGAAUUGUGUACAGAUCCUUACGACAUGGUGCCGUGCAUUAUCAUGCUGAAACAUGAGGUGAUGGUGGCGGAUGAAUGGCACGACAAUGGGCCUCAGGAUCUCGUCACGGUAUCUCUGUGCAUUCAAAUUUCCAUUAAUGAAAUGCAAUUGUGUUCGUUGUCCAUAGCUUAUGCCUGCCCAUACCGUAACCCCACCGCCACCAUGGGGCACUCCGUUCGCAACGUUGACAUCAGCAAACCGCUCACCCACACAACGCCACACACGCUGUCUGCCAUCUGCCCGGUACAGUUGAAACCGGGAUUCAUCCAUGAAUAGCACACUUCUCCAGCAUGCCAGUUGCCAUCAAAGGUGAGCAUUUUCCCACUGAAGUCGGUGACGACGCCGAACUGCAGUCAGGUCAAGACUCUGGUGAGGACGACGAGCACGCAGCUGAGUUUCCCUGAGACUGUUAUGACAGUUGGUGCAGAAAUUCUUCGGUUGUGCAAACCCACAGUUUCAUCAGCUGUCCGGGUGGUGGUCUAAGACGAUACCGCAGGUAAAGAAGCUGGAUGUGGAUGUCCUGGGCUGGCAUGAUCCCAGGGGCUGGCAUGGUUACACGUGGUCUGCGGUAAUGAGGCUGGUUGGACGUACUGACAAAUUCUCUAAAACGACGUUGGAGGCAGCUUAUGGUAGCGGAAUGAACAUUAAAAUUAUCUGGCAACAGCUCUGGUGGACAUUCCUACAGUCAGCAUGCCAAUUGCACGCUCCCUCAACUUGAGACAUCUGUGGCAUUGUGUUGUGUGGCAAAACUGCACAUUUUAGAGUGACCUUUUAUUGUCCACAGCACAAGGUGCACCUGUGUAAUGAUAAUGCUGUUUAAUCAGCUACUUGAUAUGCCACACUUGUCAGGUGGAUGGAUUAUCUUGGCAAAGGAGAAAUGCAGAGAAAUGCCUGUACAAACAACAUUAGGUCUCCUAGGAGCAGGGUUGUUCAUUCUUGAUUUAUAAUAAUCUUGGUAACCCAGAACUAAAAUCUUGCGUAACUUGGUCAGAUGCUCUAUUUAAUUUAGGAGUGUUAAUAAAUACACUAACCACCUCCUUAAACGGAAACUGCAAAUUUCAGGCAAGUCUAUGGACCCAAUGUCCCCUCCCCUUUUACGAAAUUCGAAAGAUGAGAGCACCUGCGAAAAUCGUGAUUUGUCCAAAUGAUUCACAACAACAACAAAAUCUGCAUACUAGACCAAAGUUCUUCGUUAGUCGUCGCAUCCCACAGUCUGUUGACAGACGCUACUACCAUGUUUAGUUGGUCUGUACAUGAGAGAUUAGGGCCUGAAUGCCAGGAGUUGGCCUAUAGCAAGCAAGACCAAGCAGGACUCCUACUGCAAUGGAGCACGAUGAAGGUUCAACUCUAUGGGGCGAGGAGCAGGAGUGCCAGGUGCAGCUGGUAAACUGGGUCUAGGCUGCGCCGUCCUCCCUCUCCCCCUCCUGUCCGGCUUCUAGCGUCCUGCUCUCCUCCCGCCUGCCUGGAUGCCCAGAACUGGGUCACUCGCCUGGGGAGCUGGCACCAGACCCACAGACCAGGAGC